AUGCUCAGUGGUUUUGCCAGCUCGCUCCUGCAACGGGUGACGGGCACGGAUGAUCCUGCUGUUCUGAAGGCCUCAUGGGAGGACCCCUCGAUCCUUCAGGUCCUCGGGGAGCCUUCGCUGGUACGAGCCGUAGAGGAGAUCCACGAGAACCGGGACAAGCUCGGAAAGUACAAGGAGGUCAAUGAGGUCGUUCUUGCAGUUCGCAAGGUCGAUUCUUUGACUGGCCUGACGGGCGAAGAGGUGCCGUCUCUCCCUGAGGUACCAGCACAGAUCACUCCUGGCUACUUCGACGUUGAGGACUGGGACCAGCUGCGAUGGUACGAGAAGGACUGGCGCAUCGGUCGCCGUCUCCAGGAAAAGGGCUUCUGUAUCCUCAAGGGCAGCCUCAGCAGCGACGAGCGGCAACGCGCAGUCGCCCAGGCUGACGAGCUUCGAAGAGCAGGAGGCUUCGAGAGGCUUCCCCGCGAGGUCAUCAGCGGCUACUUCGGCGAGGGGUCCGCUUGGACAAGGAACCUCAGCCCAGACGAUCCGCAGGAAGAGGCACUUCGUCUGGUGGAGUCCCGGCUUCUGGCCCUGGGGUCGGACUUGGCGCACUGCUCCGUCGCCUUCUCGGGCUUCCGCCUCCAGGGGCACAUGCCCGGCAUGGUGCACUGCUCCCGGGGAGUGGAGGACCAGCCAAAUCCGGGCCUAGCUGACCCUGACGUGGCGAACUACUACCUGGGCAUCUUCAUGCGCAAGAAGCUGAAACUUUUCUACUUCCUCGGUCCCAACCCGGCACUGCUCUCCGUGUGCCCGGCCACGGCGCAGGACGAGUCCCAGGUUUUCCGGACGGUCCUGCAACCCGGAGCCAUGGUCGUCAUCCGAGCCGAGGCAUGCAGCUGCGGGCUCUUUCCCUCGCCUUCGGAGCCCUGCACUGUGGUCGAGGUGGACUUCCUCGCCGAGCAGAAGCACAGCAAGGAGUCCGCUGGCGAUCGCAUGGUCCCACCACAGGAGCUGCAAGAGUGGCUGCUGGAUCGCCUUAAAGCCAUCGUGGACAACGAUGUGCAGGCGGAUGUGCCAGAGGAGUGGAUCAAGCUCGCUCGGCAGACCUUUGUGAGGAGCCGACCGGCGAAGAUCUUAGAGGUCUCCCAUCGGCUGCCAGGACAGCAUUGCGUCUGGGAAGAAGUUGCCCUUGGCGGCUAUGAUUGCAUCACGGAAAUCCCGCCGUCAAAAUGGGAAGUGGACGCGCGCGGGACCUUUUUGAAGCUCAAGCAGGGCUCACUCCUCAUUUUCCUUGGUGAGAUGACAUGCUUAGAGGAGGAGCAGGGGCAGUCCGAUGACUUGAACUCCAAGGACGGCGUUUGCCCCAACGAGGGCCGCAGCGACGAGAAAGCUCCGACCGAGGAGAACAAGAUCAAAGCCGCAGAGGCGGAUGAGAUCAAGAGUUUCAAGUGCAAAGAGAAGGAGCAGAGGGACGACGAAGCCAGCACCGUGGAGAGUGAGCGCGUCUAUGAGGAGGUUACCGAAACCUCCCUGUGGCUCGACGUGAAGCCCGGUCUCGACAAGACGGAUCCGACCAAAGCCUCCGUUCUGGAGCAGGUCAGCGCACUCGGAGAUGAUAUCUUCGGGGAUGACCCUUUGGUGGGCUGCUCCAAGCGUGGCGGCUGGCGAAUGCACCUGGCAGUUGGCCAGGUGGCAGAAAAGACCACGCUGUUGGGCUUCAUUGUAUGGCGUAUCAAGCCGGAGCGUAACAUGCUCAUCGUGUCUCAGCUUGCUGUUCCCGAGCAGUUUCGGCGACAUGGCUUCGGGAAGAUGCUAGUGGAGUUGCUCAUCGCAGAAGCGAAGCGCCUGCCCCAAGUGUACACGGUCAGCCUCUCCUCACUGCCUGGGUCGGUGAAGUUCUACAAACGUCUCGGCUUCAAGCAGGACACCUUCAGUUCAGCCAAAGCCGCGUUCCUGAGGUAUUUCGACCCCGAUCCUGCUGGGGCAGAUGACUACAAGAUGUACACAAGGCACAUGGGGGUCGUGGAAGGCGUGAAGACCACGUUUUCUGACUCGGAGCUCGCAGAUUUUGGCCUGCUAGAGGGCAGCGAGGUCGAUGCGCGCCAGGUGCUUCUCUACCAUUCGGCCGAAGAAUGUCUCGGUCAGGCUGGUCUAGGCCGGAAGGACACCCAGGGUCAAAGUAUCGGCUUCUUCUGCGGCCUCUCCGGGAAUGACAGGUACUUCGAAUGGAUGAGUGGGUCAUUGAAAACGAGCAAAAUUGCAGCGUCAUUGAUGAGCAGUGGCGGAGUUGUCAAUCGCAUAGCCUGGUUCUAUGGCAGCAAGGGGCCUAGCAUGGCGGUGGACACGGAGGAAUCCUCGGGUGCGGCUGCUCUCGACACAGCCGUCGCCUACCUCAGAGAGGAUCGCUGUGCUCGCGCGAUUGUCUCUGGGGUGAACUGGAUUCAACUGCCUGUGUCGCUGAUUCUGUGUUGCGCGACUGGCAUGCUCUCAGCCAGCGGUCGCGGUCGCGCGUUUGAUGAGUCCGCGGACGGCAACGUUCGCAGCGAAGGCGUUGUCUCCGUGCUCAUGGAGGCCCAUGGCCGUUGGCGCCGCGCAGCAGAGGCAGAGGUGGACGAAUUCCGGCCGGCAGCAGAGGAGUGGGACGCUGAGCUGCAAGAUGACAUGCAGAAGCACAGGCUUCUGAUCUGUGGCUCCGCCCUGAACUCACGUGGCCAGAGUUCGAGCCUCCUGGCACCUUCCAGUGCCGCUAUUCAGGACCUCAUCGAGAGUGCGCUGAAGGAUGCGAAGUGCCCCGCCUCCAUCGUUGACGGGGUGGAGGCCAAUGCUGGUGGCAACUCACUCUCUGAUGCCGUCGAGCUGAACAUCUUGAGGAGGUGUCUCGCAGCUGAGGAUGCCGCAAAGACCACGACGUCCUCCGCCUCGGUGCGCGCCACGAAGACGCUGAUUGGAGAACCUGGCCCGCCGGGAGGCUUGGCCUGCCUGGCUCGAGCUUGCUUCACGCUGCAGAAGGCCGUCAGCGGGCCGUUGAUCCACCUCCGGCAGCUUUCGGAGAUUGCCGCGCAACAGGCAGACGAAGACGAGACGCUUGCUCCCAAGCUCCUUCUCACAACAGAGGCGACUGCGUCCCUGUAG